AUGGCCAACUGCCCUUUCCUCACGAGCAUUUGUGAAUCGUGGGGGGUGGAGGAUAUGGCCAUAUGUGAUGCGGUGAUUGGGAAUCUGAUGAUGAUAUACGUGGCGGUGAUAGCAGGGAUAAAGGCGUAUAGUUUAGUGUUCGGGAGGAGCUUCGGUGGUGGGUUCCUGCUGAUAGCGUCGAGCACGGUGGUGGGUCUGAUCAUUGUCGGGGCUCUGGCGUGGGACGUCAGUCGUAAAGCCAAGAAAGCUAUAUCCGGCGGUGAACGUGAUUUUGAAGUGCAGGAGAUGUGCAAGGGUGGCAUAUGCUGGCACGGGGUGGCUGCUCGGUCCCCUGCUUCUCAGGUCCGGUUUAGGCUCCCUCAGCGAAUUCCGUAAGGCCCUUCGUAAA